CUUACUCCACACACACAGGCAGCUGGAGAGAGGGAAGACGUAAUGGUUUGAUUCCCUGUGCACUUGCAAUGGUCGUCGUUCUGACAUUACUCGGCAAAUUCCUCGAACGGGAGGUGCAAUGAAGGCUAGAGGGUUUCCCCAAGCAGCUGCUGCAAGCUAAAAGCCAGCGAAUCAGCUCUGGCUAGUCAGGCGGGGGCAUCGUCCAUGUGGGCGUCAUGCUGUGGGCUGCUGAACGAGGUGAUGGGUACGGGCACGGUGCGGGCGCAGCAGCCGGGGUUCGGAGCAGCGGGGCCCUUCCGCUUCGCCCCCAGUGCCGGGUACUCCACCUACCCCCCCACCAGCUCAGGGAGUGCCGGACAGCUGUGCAAGGCCUGCGGACUGGCCUUCUCUGUCUUCAGACGCAAGCACAUCUGCUGUGACUGUAAGAAGAGUUUCUGCGCCCUGUGCUCGGUGCUACAGGAGAACCUGCGCUGCUGCACCACCUGCCACCUGCUGCGCGGCACGGCCUUCCAGAGGCCUCGGCUCAUGCAGCUCCGCGUCAAAGAGCUGCGCCAGUACCUGCUGCUGCGCAACAUCUCCACCGACACGUGCAGGGAGAAAGAGGACCUGGUGGACCUGGUGAUCUGUCAUCAGGGGACCAGGGAAUCCCCGAGACCGGUGGCGGAGGCCGAGGACGAGGAGGAAGAAGAGGAGGACGAGGAGGAAGAAGAAGAAGAGGAGGACACGCAUGAGGAGGAGGAGGAGGAGGAUGGGGAGGAGGAUGAAGGGGGAGAAGACACAGACAGCCUGCAUUCGCUCCCCCACUCACGCGCCGCCUCACCCCCCUCGGCCACGCGCUCCGCCUCCGAACAGUCGGUGCUCUCCGCCUCUCAGGGAGACGUGCUCAGCCCAAGUGACAGCUCAGGGACCAGCAGCCAGGAGCAGGAGGAUACUCCAACAGCGUCUCUCUUGAACCUGGAGCCCACUGAAACAUUCAUGGAGGUCAGUCCGGCGACGCAGAGGAGGAUCAGGGCCUCGCUGUCUGAUCUGGACAAUGAAGAGGCGAUAGAAAACCUCUCCGUCCGACAGCUCAAAGAGAUUCUUGCCAGGAACUUUGUCAAUUACUCCGGCUGCUGUGAGAAGUGGGAGCUGCUGGAGAGAGUGCACCGACUCUACAGAGAAAACGAGCUGAACAGGAAAUCCAUGGAGAAUGUGAGCAUAACUGCAGAUGGUGUCAAGGCUCAGCUGGCGGCUGAUGAAAACUUGUGUCGCAUCUGCAUGGACGCCAUCAUCGACUGCGUGCUGCUGGAAUGUGGUCACAUGGUAACCUGCACCAAAUGUGGAAAGAGGAUGAGCGAGUGCCCGAUCUGCAGGCAGUACGUAGUGCGGGCCGUGCACGUCUUCAAGUCUUAAAACUGUGCUCGUCAGAGAGCGGCCCUCAGGCGUGCACGUGGCCCCGAGCCCUGACUUUAUCACUGAGGAUGAACUACUGUGCAUGAAGCCUCGCAGGGCCUAAUGCUGCAGCAGGUCCGAGCAACUUCCUGGUCUUUGAAACCAGACUGUUGCCUCUGGACUACCAUGGUUUGUCCCCCUCCCCCCCUUCCCUAACUAACUCAUGAUCCAGCCCCACUUCUCCUCCCUGGUGGACCGUCAUCAGCUGCACCGGGACGCUCACUCUCUCUCUCUCUUUGGUCGGUUAAACAGACAGCAGAAACCUACGACAUCGCUUUCUGCUCUCUAUUCUCGGUUUAGUUUGUACUCACAGGAGAGGAGAGGAGGUCGGUCCCAUGGAUACUUGAAGAGGAUCGGGUCAUUCUGUGUGGUGAUGAGAAGCAGAUAAAUGUAAGAUCCCAGGGUUAGAGUCAAUAUGGUUUACACAGUCAUGCCACAUGACGCCGUGUUAUCUCCCUCAGUGUUCUUUUAGGAUGUGCAAUAUUUAAAAGAAGAGACUUACAUGUGUUUUUAUUAAAUGUCUUAUCUGUUAAUCCGAAAACAUCACAAGCACCGGGUCAUCUCGUCUCGCACACAGGAGGGUGCAAGGUGCCAAACAUCAUGCCUUUUGAUCGAUAUUUGGUUUAGAUUUCUUGGUAUAUUCACCUCAUAACCAGCAAGCUUGGUGUGAUAGUUUACUCAGUUUUUUUUUUUUCUCGAAUGGACUUGAGGAAAUAAGUGAAAUAUUUGAACACUUUCUAUGUGUGAUUGUUUCCUCAUUGCAAGAUUAAGUGCACGGAUACGAGUUUGGCCGAAGCCACGAAGAACUAAGAGCGCUGCUUGUUCACAACACGUGCUGCGCUACAUUCCUGUUACAUCUAAUGAGCGUGAAGGUUCAUUCGUCAACUUCGAAACAGCAGUUUGAGGGGAAAAAAAUAUCAAAUCUGAACUCGAGGCCCACUUACUAGCUUUUUCCUGGGCUUUCAAGUUUCACAGGCUUCAUCUGCAGAUGGAGUCUGCUCGGUUGUCAUGGCAAUGGGUCAGCCUCCGUGACCUAUGGUGGUCGUAUAUGACGGGGAGAUCAUGCGAAUGGCCUCAUCCUUCUCCUGAGGAAGACCACAAGACAAGAAAAAGCUAAUAAGUGGACCUUAAGUGAAGUUUUUUUUUAAUCUUCAUUUUAAAGACUCAUCACCCUUUCAUUUUAAAUAACUGCCACCAAGCAAUUCCAUUUAGUUUCCAAGUCUACCAAGUGUCUUUCUUUGAUUGUGUUGUCCAUUAAUGUGUCGAUGAUCUUAGGUAGGUGACAGGUGCUACUUUCUCUUUUCUGAGCGUAACAUCAACAUACCUUUUGACAUGUUGUCAAGGGCCUCCUUCCAAAUAUCCAUCAUAGAGUGAGAGGCAGAGAAAGCCUGAUUUACUUUAACCUGUUAUGCAAAUGAAACACUUUGUUUUUCUUGUCAUGAGAUCCAGUAAACUCAGAUGUCACUAAAAUAUGUGUACAGUAUGCCUGUGGUACUUUUAAAAAAAUAAGCUGAAUUGCUGUUAAGUGAAUCGCAUAGAUAGCUUAUAUUGUUGUUUACUUAUAAGUCAUUAAAUGUAUAUUUUUCCAUUUACUUGGGAGGCGACAUGAUUUUAAAUUAUUAAAAGAUAAAAUAUACCGUUUUUCAGAAUGUAUCUCUGCUGAUUUUGAUCAGACGAGUUCCUCAGUCCUCUGAUCACGUCACUCUCUCACCAUUAAAGUUGCGUCAGUCAUGGUCUCGCUUUCCAGCACUUUUUGUCGCCGUCUGCUUCAGAUCCAAAAACCGACACUGACACCAUGCACUGUAACAAACACUGUAACUCUGUAAGUCUGUUUGUUGAUGCUGCUGUUUCUCAAAGAUGUCAUUCAUUGGGCAGCUACAGUAUUACCAGAGUAGGCACUCAUAAUCCUGGAACUUUAUAUUUUGGAAUGUUGAACCUUUUUAUUUUGGUAAACAAGAGAAAAAAUGAUUUAUUAGAUUCAAUAAAAUGCAGUACU